GGCUCGUUACAAAACGAGCAAAUUUGCCGUUUGUUCGUCGCGUAUCGGCAUUGUAAAUAAAACGGAAUGCUCAGCCGUAUAUUGGUUUAUCAUACGCAUGAUAAGGGAGAGAACGAACAUUUUUGUUAGGAUAGUUUAAUCAUUCUUAUUGUGCAACGAUUUAUGUGUUUGAAGCUGUAGUUUUGUUCAUUGAGAUUACGUUUGUUGAAUUAUCGUACUGACCCCCAUUGAAAAUAGUUUGAAAAAUUACAAUCGAUAAUUGUAAUAUUCAUUCAGUGAUUGUCGAAUGGGACUACGCGUGAAAGUUCAUGUAGGAUGGAGCGUAAUAAUCGACUUCACGCUAAAAGAUAUUUAACUUAUGCUAUGGAUCCGAUGCAAUUCAAUGUAAAUUAAACGAGCAUCAAUACUGGCGUACUUUCUCAUGUAGCGAUUUCUCCUUUAAACAUGUGAUAUUUUCUUCUUGGCCUUACCUCGACGCAACACGUUUAAAUAAUGGUGUUCUGGAUUUUUUCUCUGAUAGCAAUCAUUUUGCAUUUCAGUUCUGCUCAAACUAAACCAGAAUCCCAUGGUUAUUGUUCACUUUAUAGUGGACAAAUCUGCAAAAAAUACCUAGCUGGUAUUGGGAAUGGUAUGGUAUGGUUCAAUGAUUCUAACAAUAAUCCUGGAGGAUUAUUGAAUGAACAGAUUACCACCAAUUUGUGGGAGGAAUUGAUACAGAAACUUAAUGAACCAUGUCGUUCAGCUGCAGAGAAAAUGUUGUGCAUGUAUGCUUUUCCACAAUGUCACAAUUCAGUCGGCCUACCAUUAUGUUACGAAGAUUGCAUGGCAGUGCGUCAUCAAUUCUGUUUCAAUGAUUGGGCAAUGAUAGAGGAUAACAAGCAGAGAAAGAUCUAUAUUAGAUCAAGGGGACAUUUUACACUUCCAGAUUGUGAAACAUUGCCAAAAAUAGUUAAAGGGAAAGAGACUUGUUCGCACAUACAUUUGACUGAUGUGAAUGAAGAGCUAGUUACACAUGAUUGUGUCAAAGGCAAUGGUAGAUUUUAUAUGGGUAAAGUAAAUAAAACAAAAUAUGGUUUGGAUUGUCAGGCAUGGAGUGCGCAAAUACCCCAUAGUCAUGAUAGACCACCAGAUGUCUUCCCUCAAAUUCGUGAUGGUGAAAACUAUUGUAGAAAUGCUGGUGGAGACGAACCAAUGCCAUGGUGCUUUACCAUGGAUCCUAUGAUACGAUGGCAACAUUGUGAUAUUCCUAUAUGCGAUAAGGUAACAAGUAAAGUAUUGGAGGUCGACCCAAAAGAUUUAACAAUGGAUACAUUGUUUACUCCAAUGUUUAUACUAAUACUGUCUUCAUUGGGAUUUAUAAUUAUAGCUGGAACUGUAUUAUCAAUUAUUUUGAGUCACAGACUUCAUAAACGACAUCAAGGAUACAAUCCAACAAAUAAUCAGUAUAUAACUAUUGAUCUGGAUAAAUUACCAAGCAACAAUGCCUAUCACAAGACAAGCGCGCAGCUUAAUCCAAAGUUGGAGAAGCUUGAAUUUCCUAGAAAUAACGUUAUCUAUGAACGGGAUUUAGGUCAGGGUGCUUUUGGUAGAGUGUUUCAAGCAAAAGCACCAGGUUUAGUUCCAGGCGAGGAAUUCACUAACGUCGCUGUUAAAAUGCUUAAAGAUGAAGCAUCAGAAGAUCUGCUUAAAGAUUUUGAGCGUGAAGCGUGUCUACUAGCCGAAUUCGAUCAUCCGAACAUUGUCAAAUUGUUAGGUGUAUGUGCGUUAGGUCGACCUAUGUGUCUGCUCUUUGAAUAUAUGGGCCGCGGUGACUUAAAUGAGUUUCUACGAUCUUGUUCACCUGGAAAUUAUAUUAUCCGAAGUUUGGAAAGGGAUGAACAUUUUACGGACUCUCGAUUAUCGCACAUGGAUUUGAUUAAUAUCGCGUUGCAAGUGGCUUCCGGUAUGGUGUAUUUAUCCGACCGAAAGUUCGUCCAUCGGGAUCUCGCGACCAGGAAUUGUUUGAUCAAUGACCAAAUGAUUGUCAAAAUAGCAGAUUUCGGACUGUCACAAAAGAUCUAUCUGCAAGAUUAUUAUAAAGGAGAUGAGCAAGAUGCCAUUCCAGUUAGAUGGAUGCCUCUAGAGAGUAUAUUAUAUAAUAAAUACACUGUGGAAUCUGAUGUAUGGGCUUUCGCAGUAUGUUUAUGGGAGAUAUUUAGUUUCGCUCUUCAGCCUUACUAUGGAAUGACUCACGAAGAAGUUGUAAAAUACAUUAAAGAAGGCAAUGUUCUUCAGUGUCCAGAAAAUACACCCCCUGCCAUAUAUGAUUUAAUGAAACUGUGCUGGAAUAGGAGACCAUCGGAUAGGCCAGCUUUCAGAACCAUCUAUAAUACAUUGGAUACUAUAAAGCACAAUUUAGAAGCGGAGAAUAAAUCGGAUAGUGUUCCGCUGCGUAUUCACGUUUGAACCUGAUAAUAAUUUGUACCAAAUGGAAACUCUAUGAUUCAUGAAAUUAGAGAUUAAGGCGAUAUUUAUGCAAAGAUAAAGGUAAGUGAAUGGUAAGAAUCGUACCUACGUGUUACGCGUAAUUGCCUUUGUUAUGUUUGUUGCGUAGCCUUGUAAAACAAACUGACUGAAGUGUUUAUAAAAAACGUUUGAUAUUAGCAACCAUUAUGUUUACAAUAUUGAAUACACAUAUAAAGCAAAAUCGAUGACCUUUUGAUACAAUUUUAAAAGCAAAUGAAUUUAUGUACUCUUUUCAUAUUUUUGCUUGUAUAUACGUAUAUUGGAUUGAAUUUUCAUUUUUGUUCAACUUUAAUGAAAGUCCUUAUCUACAUUGUCCUUAGACUAUGUUUACAAUUAAAAGAAUUACAAUAUUUGGGAUAAUUAUAUUGCUUUUGUAGAUUAUAAACGGUUAUCUCAAGUUGUAUUUAUUAACAAUUUACUUUUACUUAUAUUGGAAUUACUUUGUGUCAGUUUCACACAAACAUAUGUAUUAUGUUUAAAUCUAUUGUGAUUUCAUGCAUUCCGUCAACGAAUUUUACAAUACUAUAACAUAUUACUGCCAGUAAGAGUAUUAAUGAUGAACAUACUGAGAUAAAGAUUUCAGUGGUAAUAUAGUACCAACACAUACAAUGUUUUUUGUUUAAAUAAAUGGACUGCAAAUUUUUAUAUGUUGCAAGAACAUAAAUAUUUGCAGUCUACUAACGAAACCACAAAACUUAAUAUAUAAAGCAGCUAACAAAAUAAUUUGAACAUAUUUAGUAUUAGUAGAUUAUCAUUUUUUUCAGAUGUAUAAACAAAACCGAUUUAUUCAAUAAUCAUUCUAAGAGUCUUUAUCAAUUUUUUAACACAACAUGCUUCUAGCAAAUUGUAUAUACGUAUUACUUAUUUCUCAAAUUAUGAAAGAUGAAAUUUUAUACUUCAUACAGUUUAAGGAAACAUAAAAGUUAAAAAAUUUCAUCCUUAUUAUAUAAAGAAAGUUUAAUUUUUUCUUAAACGUUUUCGUAAGUGAAACAGUAUUUAUACAAAUUUUACUAUCUUGUUACUAUCAUUAUUAAAAACUUGAAGACUGAUGAUACAUUUUUUAAAAAAUAAGUUUUAAUAUUAUAAGUAUACUUCUUUUUUUUAAAUAAUUUGUUUUAUAUCAUUGUGAAGAUUCAAUUUUCUCGACAUUCUGUGUACAAGACUACAACUGUGUUUAGUUCUAUUGUUUGACUUGAUCAUAACUGUAUACAUAUAUCUAUAUAUUUAUAUGCGUAAUUAUAUGUAUUAGCAAAUACAUUUGCUGUAUUUCCUCACUUCUUCAGAACUGAAAUAUCUUAAGAGACAUAUGCUAUGUUGGCAAACAGACUUUCCUAUAGAUAUAUAUAUAUAUAUAUAUAUAUAUAUAAAACAACAAAUAAUGAUGUUUCGCUGAAGCCUAAGACAGAUAAUACUGAAUUUAUAUAGCUGUGCGAACAAUUUGGCCAUAAAAAAAGAAUGGGUUUAUAUUUAGCGACGUUAUGUGUAAACUGUCCUUAAUUGUUAGAUGUUAGAUCGUUGCUGUACCAAAAACAUAGCCU